GCACCCCGUCGGGAGGCCUGGACCUCUGCAGUCCCCUCCAUGGAGCCCUUCGCCUCGCCUACUCCCCCCACCGGCCCCCAGGCCCAAUCUCCCUUGGGCUCCCCAGGCAGAAUUUAUCUCCUGUUCGUGGCUCCAGGGUUGUUUUGGUAUUGGGAAGCUCCGGGGGGCAGCCAGUGGGUGCUAGGCCUGGAGAAGGGAGGGCGCAGCCUCUAUCCUGCCUCAGGGGCUGCCUCAUUGAGAGAUCCUGGCCCCCGUUCGCCUCAGCCUCCCCAUCUGCAAAAUGGGACUCAUCAGGCUGCUUGGGAGGCUCAAACGAGGUUGCCAUCGCAAAAGGAAUGAGGCAGGGCGGGGUUCAAAAUCUCCUCGGGCAGAUCUCAGGGUCUCGGUGCCCGGCAGAAGCCAAGGCCACGCCUAGGAGUGGAAAAGACCCGAGGCCAGCGAGGGCAUGCAGGCCAGUGCACCUUCGGGGUCCUGCGAGCCCUGCCCACCUCCGAAGCGAGGGGCCGCCAGCCCCCAACGCCGCCAGGACUACAAGUCCCAGCAGUCCUUUGCGCCCCGCCUCCGGCACGCCGCAGGGCUCUUCAAGCAUGUCUUCCCGUUCCCCACCCUACGCUGGCCUUCGUGCGCAAGCGCCCUUCGAGUUCCGACCCCGUGCGCAGGCGCUCUAGGGCCCCGCGCGCUGCUGCCUCGCGAUGCCCGAAGUGCGCGGCCCUCCGCCGGCCAAGCGUUUCCGGGCCGGGCCCGGGGUCCCCGGGAACCGCGGCGCUAUGCUGCCCGGGGGCCGCCGGCCGCUGCUGGGAGCCGAGGCCUUGGAGCGUCAGCGCCGGAGCCUGCCCAUUUUCGCGGCGCGCGGGCCGCUUCUGGCCCGCCUGCGGAGCGCCGAGUGCGCAAUUCUCAUUGGGGAGACCGGAUCAGGGAAAACCACGCAGAUCCCGCAGUACCUGUACGAGGCGGGCCUGGGCCGCCAAGGCGCCAUUGCUGUGACCCAGCCUCGCCGCGUCGCCGCCAUCUCCCUGGCCGCCAGAGUCUCGGAUGAAAAGAGGACAGAGCUGGGCAAGCUGGUGGGCUACACCGUGCGCUUUGACGACGUCACUUCCGAGGACACCAGAAUCAAGUUCCUCACGGACGGGAUGCUGCUCCGGGAGGCCAUUUCCGACGCUCUGCUGCGGAAGUACAGUUUCGUCAUCCUGGACGAGGCGCACGAGCGGACGGUCCACACAGACGUGCUCCUGGGCGUGGUGAAGGCCGCGCAGCGCCGGCGGAAGGAGCUGGGGAAGCCGGUGCUCCGAGUCCUGGUCAUGUCGGCCACCAUGGACGUGGACCUCUUCUCGCGGUACUUUGACGGCGCCCCCGUCCUCUAUGUGGAGGGCCGGCAGCACCCCAUCCAGGUUUACUACACCAAACAGCCGCAGAGCGACUACCUCCACGCCGCGCUGGUCUCCAUCUUCCAGAUUCACCAGGAAGCGCCCCCUUCUCAGGACAUCCUGGCGUUCCUCACGGGCCAGGAGGAGAUUGAGGCCCUCUGCAAGGCCUGCCGGGACAUAGCGCGGCACCUCCCCGACGGCUGCCCGCCGCUGCUGGUCUUGCCGUUGUACGCCUCCCUGCCCGCCUCCCAGCAACUCAGAGUCUUCCAGGGGGCCCCCAAGGGCUCUCGCAAAAUCGUCGUUUCCACCAACAUCGCCGAAACCUCCAUCACCAUCGCUGGGAUCAAGCACGUAAUCGACACCGGCAUGGUCAAGGCCAAGAAGUACAACCCAGAGAGCGGCCUGGAGGUGCUGGCUGUCCAGCGGGUGUCCAAGACCCAAGCGUGGCAGCGGACAGGCCGGGCCGGCCGCGAGGAGAGCGGGGCCUGCUACCGCCUCUACACGGAGGACGAGUUUGAGCAGUUCGACAAGAUGACGGUCCCGGAGAUUCAGAGGUGUAACCUGGCCGGCGUCCUCCUGCAGCUCUUGGCCCUGCGGGUGCCCGACGUGCUCGGCUUCGACUUCGUGUCCAAGCCGUCCGCGGAUCGUCUGCAGGCGGCCGUGGAGCAGCUGGAGCUGCUGGGGGCGCUCCAGCGGAAGAAGGACGAGCCCCCGGCGCUGACCCCGACCGGAAGGAAGAUGGCGGCCUUCCCUCUGGAGCCCAAGUUUGCCAAAACCAUCCUUCUGUCCCCCAGAUUCCACUGCACAGAGGAGAUACUGACCAUCGUCUCCCUGCUGUCUGUGGACAGCGUCCUCCACAACCCCCCCUCCCGGCGGGACGAGGUGCAGGCGGUCAGGAAGAAGUUUGUCUCCAGCGAGGGGGACCACCUGACCCUGCUCAACGUGUACCGCGCCUUCAGAAACGUGGGGGGCAGCAAGGAGUGGUGUAAAGAGAACUUCGUCAACAGCAAGAACAUGCUGCUUGCGGCCGAAGUCCGAGCCCAGCUCCGGGACAUUUGUGUCAAGAUGUCGAUGCCGAUCGAGUCCUCGCGGGCAGACACAGGCAACGUUCGCCGAUGCCUCGCUCACGGCCUCUUCAUGAACACGGCCGAGCUCCAGCCGGACGGGACCUACGUGACCGUGGACACCCGCCAGCCGGUGGCCAUCCACCCGUCCUCCGUGCUGUUCCACUGCAAACCGGCCUGCGUGGCCUACAACGAGCUCCUGUCCACCAACAAGUGCUACAUGCGGGACCUGUGCGUGGUCGAUGAGGACUGGCUCUACGACGCGGCCCCCGACUACUUCCGCAGGAAGAUGAGGGCCGCCCCGAGCUGAGCCCGGCGCCCUCGGGGAGGCCCCUUCAUCGCUGGCUGAUGGACCGCGCGGGGGCGGGGGGGCGGCCUCGCUGCGCUCAGGUUUUUAUCUGUAAACGGUUUUUCCAUUGAAAAUGCAAUAAAUUCGCUUUUGUACGA